AUGAAAAGUGGUUUACUGUACUUGUGUGUGCUUGGACUCGGAAUGAGCUCGUACACGUCUCCGAACAUUGUAGAAAAUGGUACGAUAGAUCUGCAAUAUAACCUGCUUUUCGGUUGUCUGGUAUCACUUGGAGUAAAUUGGAAUAACAUCCAUCACCGAAACAGCGGUCCUGCUUACGAUGAAUUAAAUUUUCAAUGGAACUCACUAAACGGACAUGUGGAACCGUUGGCAUACUUAGUGGCUACUCAUGUAUCUGACGUUCAAAAGGCUGUUACUUGCUGUGGUUUAAUAAAAGUUCGUAUAGUGGCUCGGAGUGGUGGACACUCGUACAUAAAGAACGGAUUUGGUGAUUCACGAUCGUUGAUAGUCGAUCUAGCCAAAAUGAAUCAUAUUUCGGUCGAUCCGAAGCAGAUGACAAGUGAAAUCGGUGCAGGUGCCAAGCUUGCUCAAGUGUCUUUCACGUUGUGGAAAAAUGGAAAAUUCUUAAUUCCUGGUGGUAUCUGUCCAAUUGUAGGAAUUGCUGGAUUGACACUGGGUGGAGGAUAUGGUCGUUUUACAACAGUAUUUGGAUUAACCUCGGAUAGUGUAGUGGAAAUGGAGAUGGUUGAUGCUAGAGGACAGUUGCUAGUUAUUAAUAAUUCAACAAACAGCGACCUAUUCUGGGCACUUCGUGGUGGAGGAGGAGGAAAUUUCGGUAUUGUUACAAAGUUCAAGUUUAAAAUAUACAAAGCACCGCGCUCUAUUGUUUAUAUCGAGCAUUAUUACAGUUUUGAAACGGCCUUCACACAAUUUUAUAGUGCAUUUCAAAAAUUGAUGAUGUCUGGUGUACCACGACAUUUUUCGCUUCUUAUCAGAAUAAUUAAAAAUAAAAUUUUUAUGGGGUUACAUGGGUACAACUUCCAUCAGCAGAACGAAACAGUGAACAGCAUGACAAAAUACUUAAAUUCGUUUUCGUUUCCAAAUGCGACUUCAAGUGCAAGUAAACUUAUGUCGUAUGAAGAAUUCAUGGUAGAGGACGCAAGCAAUUUUUCUGCUGUAAUGAUACAAACUGUAUCACAAUUAGAAAAUAUGACCAAGUAUGAUGCAGUCGUUGGCUGGAAAACAAUGAGAUCGAUGUUUGUUGAUCAAAUUCUAAAUGAGAGCCAAAUUUCCAGGCUAAAUGAUCUACUCAGUGAAUAUUUGCCAUACAUGGAACUUGCUUUUGAACCUAAUAACGCUGCGGUGAACUCAAUAUUACCCUCAGACACUGCAUUCGUUCAUCGAGGAACGAAUUUAUUUGUAGUGCAACUUGUCGCUUUUACUUCGCCUCACAAACAACCAGACGUUCAAGCCGACCGUGCAAUGGGAUUGCUUUUUGAGAAAAGUAAAUCGGUUUUUCAUCACCGAGAGUCCUAUCAAAAUUACAUGAAUCGAAACCUUACCGAUUAUUUGGUACGAUAUUAUGGUUCGAAUUUAAACAGGCUUGUCAGCAUAAAAGGGCGAUAUGAUCCGGGAAAUAUGUUCCAUCAUCCACAGUCAAUUCCAGUCAAUAUUGAUUUACUAGGAAAAUAA